UCUUGUCUAUACUCUUCUCUGAGUUGCAAUUUUCCUAAUACAGUUAGGUGGGGCUGCUCACCCUCCCUUUGUCAGCAUUCUCCUGUCACUCCGUCAGUCCACAAGGCUGACAAUUUGGGCUACAAACCAAGAUAUAUCACCCAUAAAACCUCAAUACACAAGGAUAACACUACUGAAUCAUAAAUCCUUUCCUUAUUCUUUCCUUUGCACUACAGUCCUAGUUGUUAUUACUUCCAUUUUGUUUUGUUGUCUUUGGCAGAUCCCAGAUGAAGACAAUCAUGGCUAAGAACCCUCAUGAAUCAUUCUCGUUCUCUAGGAGAUAUUUCAACUUCAAGAAAAAGGUUGAAGACGAAGAUGAUGAGGAAGAAAUUUUCGCUUUCAGCUCCUCAUCACUUGGUUGUGAGGAGGAGUUGAAAGGUAUUGAUCAGGAUAUCAGUCAUUCAAUGCAUACACUUCCUGUCAAACCACCAAAGAAGAAGCUGACAAGUUUAGCUGUUUCCAAGCUUAGGGCUGCUUUUGCAUUUGGUAAUAAGAAUCGCAGUCGCUUUUCUGGUCUUGGCACCAAAGUUGUAGGUACCCUCUUCGGGUACAGACGCGGGCAUGUGCAUUUUGCAUUUCAAGAAGAUCCCAAGCUGAGUCCAGCAUUUCUUGUUGAACUCGCAACUCCUACUAGCGUUUUGAUUAAAGAAAUGGCUUCAGGGUUGGUUAGGAUUGCUCUUGAAUGUGACAGAAAAACAACAGAGAAGAAAAAUGUGAAGCCUUUGCUAGAAGAACAAAUAUGGAGGACUUAUUGCAACGGCAGAAAAUGUGGUUAUGCAACUAGACGUGAAUGCGGAGCUGAGGAAUGGAAAGUUUUGAACUCUAUUGGUCCAAUUUCAAUGGGGGCCGGUGUUUUACCAGGAGCUGGAAAGGGAGAUGGCUCUGAGGGAGAACUCAUGUAUAUGAGAGCCAAGUUUGAGAGAGUUGUAGGGUCUAAAGAUUCAGAGGCCUUUUACAUGAUGAAUCCUGAUGGUCAUGGAGGUCCCGAACUUAGCAUUUACUUGCUCAGGGUUUAGGUUUCCUGGCCACUUUUAUCUGUAUUAUCUAUUUAGUAGUACCUCAGUUCAAUGUUGUAAUAUAUUACUAUGAAUGAAUGCUUGGGGCUACUCUGCUAAGUCAUGAGAUAAAUGAUAAUAGGGCAGCGGUUCUUCAUGGGUUUUUUUUUUCUUGCCAAUGCAGAAUUUCGGAAUGUUUGGUUUGGUGUUUUUAGUAUGUUGAUCAGUUUGAGAAAGAACUGUAGAAACGAUGAUGGAAGAUGUUAGCGAUGAGUGUUGUGUCA